AUGAUUAGAGCUUCACAGUGAGUUUAAAAAAGAAAAUAUGAAAUUUUUUAAACUGGGACCAAAAAAUGUUGGUUCCCCUCAUCAUGAUUUUUUUAUAAAUGAUCCCCUUGUGAUUUCAUAUUUUGUGUUUUCUCACGGAAAAAAGCUCAAAAAACUUCUCUCGACUUAAUAUUCAGUUUUUUCUAUCUACUUUUCAUAAAUCUAUAUAUUUUUAAAAGUCUACUAUGUUUAAUUCUUGCCAAAAAUCACAUUUCAAUCCUCACGGUGGAUUUCUAGGUAGAAGGCAGGUGAAAAAAGAAAAAAAAGUAUAUGAAAAAAAAAAAAAUUCUAUACAUAUAUAUUAUUCUAUACACACUUAUCAAUAUAUUGUUAUUCUAUUUUUUUUUUUUCAUUUUUUGCAGUAAUCAAAUUGCCAUGGUGAUUCCGAGCACGCGGAAAGGACACGGACCCGGAUCACGUGAAAAUAAUUUUGGAAAUUCAAAUCAUCAUAAUGAUAAUGAAAUUGUGCAUCGGUAUAAUAAUGGAAGACGUUCGGAAAUUGAAGAGCCUAAGCCUGAUUUAGUUUCUGGUGAGUUUUUUUCAAGUGUUUCUGUGAGAAGUUUUUGGAGUCAGUUGAACUUUUUAUGCUCUCUUGUGACGAGGACACAAAUUCUGAACUUUCAUUAUUUUCUGGUAGGAUUUCUAUUCACUGGGGGUUAAUUAAAAUUGAAAUUUUAUAUUUUUAUUUGUACAGUAACACUAGUUUUUUUGAAAACCCACACAUGUUUGUGAUAACUGUUAAAAUUAGUUCGCCUUGAUUUAUUAUUGACAAGACACUAAUUGGCAAGACACAAAUGUCAUUAUAUCAUAGGAUUUUUUCAGCUUAUUGUAAUCAUGAAGGAUUAAUUUGAUAGACUUAAUCUUUGUUAGUCACUAUUCUAUAUUUUUUGUAAAAGAUCUAUUAGGAAAAUGAUAAAAAUGUUCAGUUUGUCGAAUUUCAAUUUCGCUUUGAUCAAGACACAUUCUGAUUUUUAAAUAGUCUCGGUUUGAUGUUUUUUAGCACAUUCCAUUUAUUUAAGGUUAAAUAAGUUGCAAAGUGUUCGUUUAUUCAGUUUUAUACAUAUAUUUUUUGUUGAAGAUCCAAAGGGAAUUUUUAUUUUGAUGUGAACUCCAAAAUCUGAAAAGUUCAAAGUUUUUUGUGCAUCAUUUUUUUCAUAUAAAAAGCAGCAUAAUACAUAUGACAGAAACAAAAAUAAGAAAUCAAAGAACUGUAGUUCAUGAAAUUGAAACAAACAUUCUCAGGAGCUGGAGAUACAGUGUUAAAAUUUAAUGUUGGUGGCACAUCCUUCCGUCUGAGGAUUUCAAGCAUUUUUGCACGAUCUGGUGAAGAAAAGUUAUCCACAUUCGCACAAAUGAGCCAUGAGCAACGAAUUCUUCAAUGUGAUGCUUAUUUGAUGGUAAUCUGAAAAUAAUUGAAGAAGUUUUUUUUCAAACUAAAGUUCAAUUUUCAGCCACAAGAAGAAUAUUACUUCGAGCGGUCCUCAAUUUUAUUCGAUUCAAUAUUCAAAUAUUACGUUUCUGGACAAUUGCAUCGCCCAUUAGAUGUUUGUCCGCAAGAGUUUUCUUGCGAAUUGUCAUACUGGAAAAUAAAUGACUGUGUUAUGUCAAAUUGUUGUUGGCGUGGAUACAAUAUGUGAGUUAAUCUCAAGUAUUUUUAUUAUGAAACUUUAAAGAUUUUUUUUCAAAGUGUUAUUGAGUUUUUGAUUCUGUGCUUAAACAGUUCUUAGAACUCUAAUAACUUUUUGAGCCAAAAACUGAAUCCAUAUUCAAAUAAUUCCCUUCUCAAAAUCUAUAUUAUUUUUCCUAAUUGGACGGGUUCAGAGAGAGAUCAAUAAAUGAGACAAACACCGAACAAGUGUAAGUUAUAAGCUUUUUUUGACAUGAAUUUACAAAUGAUUCAAGAUAUUUCCCCUUACCUUUUGAAAAAAUAUAUGUAAAUUUAUUCAUUUUUGCACCUUUAGAAUGUCACAUUUUAUUUUUAUUUAUUUGAUAUUUUUUAAAUGGAAGAAAUCAGAAGUUAAUAGUGAAUUUUUAGGAGUGCCUCAUUGGAAGAAUUGGUGGCACCAAAAGAGAAGAAAAUCGAACUACAUGACAGAAGCCUGCGGAGCAGAAUUCAUCAAUUUUGCGAGGGUGAUGGCUCACUUUUCUCCACAUUAUUCACAUUUGGCAGUAUUUCAUUUGUGUUAAUCAGUGUUAUUGGUCUAGUUUUGGGUUCGAUUCAUGAACUUCAAGUUCCAAUUCGUAAAACUGGCGGAAAAGCUGAACGAAUUUUGGAUAAUAUAACGCUAUGUAGGUUUUUCAAAUUUUCUGAUCACAGUUGUGUUUUUUUUUUUCACAUUGAUUCCGAGUGACAUUAACGCUUACAGCUGACGAAUACGACUCUGCUUCAGGUGGUUUUCUAUUCUAUACUUCUAUUUUGUCACAUUUAUAUACAUAUUUUUUUCAUUUUCAUUUUUCACAGAGUGCUUUUUUAGUUUGAUUUUUGUGUGAAAACCCCAAGAUUUAACAAAUUUUCAAUAACCACUUCUCAGCUUGGUGUGAUUUUCACAAGUGAUUGUUAUUUUAUUGGAAAAUGUGAUGUUCUAGCAAAUAAUGCUUACGUUAGAGAUUAAUUUUUAUUGGAGAGAUGAGGUUUUUCAAAUUGGAAAUGACGAUUUUUCAGUGAAUGGCACAGAUGUUAUUUGGGAACCACACCCAGUGUUUUCAUAUGUCGAGACAACUUGCAUUAUCUGGUUUACUGUUGAAUUUAUUGUCAGAUUGACAGUUACUCCAAGCAGGUAUCUAAAAAACACAUUAAAGCCUGAUAUAAUUGUUUUUUCAGAGUUCAAUUCCUCACCGGAAUCAUGAACAUUGUUGAUAUGAUUGCCAUCAUUCCAUUUUAUUUGGAAGUCGGAUUGGCACUUUUUGGAAUUGAUGUUGCCAGUUUGAGUGACAUUAAAGGAGCAUUGCUCGUUGUUCGAGUACUUCGAGUUUUGAGAGUUGUGCGAAUUUUGAAACUUGGACGGUAAGAUUGGUUUUUGUUAAAACUUAUAUUCCUCAAGACCCUGAUUAUUUAUUCAGCUACUCCUCUGGAAUGCGAACAUUUGCAUUAACUCUAAAAAGUUCUGCUCGCCAACUUGGAAUGAUGGGAAUGGUUUUAUCAACUGGUGUUGUAUUUUUCUCAACACUUUUAUAUUUUGUUGAAAAGGAUGAAAAAGAUACACCAUUCACCUCAAUUCCAGCAGCUUUUUGGUGGGCAAUUGUCACUAUGACAACAGUUGGAUAUGGUGAUUAUGUUCCAGUAACAGUUCGUAAGUAUUUUAAUUCUUUUUCUAAAAUUUCACACCAAGUUCUAAUGAUAUCUGAAAACCUUUCCAGCCGGAAAAUUGAUUGCAAGUGGUGCAAUUAUCAGUGGAGUCCUUGUCUUGGCUCUUCCUAUCACAAUUAUUGUUGAUAAUUUCAUGAAAGUUUCUGGAAAGUGAGUUGUUUUCUGAAAUUAUUUUUAGAAGGUAUCUAGAUGAAUUUGAUCUACCCUGAUUUUUCUUUUCAGUAUUGAUACACAGGAAUGA